AUGAUGCACCCCCGCUGCCACCCUUGGCGGUCGAUCGAGCAGAUCGAGGAAGAUGAUCAGGAGGGCCAGCGAACGGAAGAGGCGAUGCCGGCCCUUCCGACUUCUGACCGGCAGCAACAGCAGACAGUACUUCGAUCGAAGAUCGAGCAGGUCCUGAGCACUGUGCUGCCAGAUCCAACUCCAGCGGACAUGACCAUCCGUGUCACGCUCAAGUCGUUGAACGCAUUCUUCGACUACACGAACCCAAGGCACCCGUGGCAAGUUGAUCGUCAACUCCUUCACGAAGAUCCAUUCUUCUUCAGCAUGGAAGGAUUUGACCCACUUGCCCCAGUACCCAAGCAAGCUCCACCGGAGAACCGUAUUCACCGCCUCUGGGCGAGCUUUCGUGCUGAUGGUCCCAUGCCAGAUCUCGCCUUCACGCUGUGGGAGCGUCGGUUCUGGAUCCUCGCUGCCGCCGUCGAAAAGGGGUUCACGGCGGAAGAAGCAGAACCCAACCGCGACAAGGAUCUCAUUAAGGCAAAGAGUGCCAGAUUUAUCGUCCUCAUGAGUGGACCGAGCGCUUGGGCAGACCCCCUCCGGAACAUGUACCAGUUGCAGUACUUGAAAUGGAGUUUGGACUCAGCAUUGGCUCACCAUUGCUCGCUCAUCUGCCCAGAGAUGAUCAUCGAGCCUUCUAUUCCCUGGUAUUUGGUGGACAACCUGCCGUUUGUUCCUAGGAGGACCGAUUGUUUCGCGGUAGUCCCUGUACUGGUUGAUCGACAGUCGUUUCGUGCGAACAGGGUGUAG